AUAUCGAGAAUUGUCGGUUGAGAGUUACAGAAUCCCGCCACAGGACCAAUCAGGACGUUUCAUCGAUUAUCGUUUUUUUUUGCAAUUGCAGUCAACUUCAAACUGUCGACUGCGUGUCUCGACAUUUUCGGUACUAUUACAAAUCAUCGUUAAAACUUUCUAGAUCAUCUACGAAUUUUUAUUAACUUCCUGCUGAUUGUCAAGUAGCUAAGUAUUACAGUAAAUCUAUUUCAUAAACAUGGAAGAUAUCCCAGUACAACCUGGAAGUACUCAAGCUGAUUUUAUUCAAAAUGAAUUAAACUUUGAUAUUGACCCAAAAGAUCCAAUGACAAAUGCUGACCUGAAGGACCCAGUAGAAAAUGAAUGGAUUGAUAUACUUAUGAAUGGACAGUUACGUAGAAAAAUUAUAAAAUUAGGUGAAAAAGGCAAUCGACCAAAUGCAUCAGACAUAUGCACUUUGAAAAUUAUUGGGAAAUUGGAAGAUGGUACUGUUGUUGAAGAAUAUGAAGAAUUAACGAUACAACUUGGAGAUAUUGAAGUUAUUCAGGGUUUAGAUUUAGCAAUUGCAUUAAUGAAUAUUGGCGAGAUUGCUGAGGUUGAGGUGGGCCCAAGAUUUGGUUAUGGAGACAUUGGAAAUAAACCAAACAUCCCAGGUGGUGCUAAAAUCUUUUAUACUGUGGAACUAAAAGCAAUAGAACUUGAAGUAGAUCUUGAUCAGCUCUCAGUACACCAAAGACAAGAAAUUGGAAACAAGAAACGGGAACGUGGAAAUUGGUGGUACAUGCGUAAUGAACCUACACUAGCUAUUCAAUGCUAUCGAAGAGCAUUAGAGUACUUGGAUGAUACAAACGGUGGAAUUAGUUACCAGGAGAAGGAAGGUGAUCAAUUUGCAAGUGAUGCUGACUUGCAAGGCCUUCUAGAAGACAGAAUGAAAGUCUAUAAUAAUUUGGCUGCAGCUCAAAUGAAAUGCGACGCUUAUGAUUCGGCCCAAAGAAGUGUGGAAAACGUUUUGAGAUGUCAACCACAAAAUGUAAAAGCUCUAUUCAGAAAAGGAAAAAUUUUACACGUACGAGGAGAGCACGCUCAAGCUUACGCAAUGUUGCAGCAAGCAGCAAAAUUAGAUCCUGAAUCAAAAGAAAUACAACAGGAAUUAGUAAUUCUACAGAAAAAAAAUGCAAAGGAUGCACACCGAGAGAAAAAUCUUUAUCGUAAAAUGUUAGGCACAAGCAAAGUAAAUGGUGUGGAACUUAAGAAAACUGUAACUGAAAGUAAAAAUAAGAAUGUGGCAAAAGUCGCGUGGAGUCUUAUUGGUGGAGCAGCUGUAGCUCUUGCGGGCAUCUUCGCCUACAGAUAUACUUCGUGAGCCAAUUAAUACAAAACAAAAGAUUACGGGAUUCAAAAAAUGAUCAGUGAUAAAUAUUUGUAUAGCAUAACCUGUCUUGUUCCUGAUCAUUAUUUGAUUCCUUCAAAUUUACGAUAAUAUAUGUUAAUACUUGAAUUAAUUUAUAAGUGGGAGGUUAUUCGAUUUUAAACUUUUUAACUGACAUGUCCAAAGUAACUACUCAAGCGAUUGAAGAAAAUAAGAGAAAAUUCCAUCUUGUUAAUUGUACUACAGUGUGAUUUGCUCUUUCAAAAUUGGGGCUCAAUCGACUAUUAAUUAAAUAACUUGUAUUUUGUGACUGAUGAUGUUGCAUUUGUCUUCUAUUUUUUUUAAUUGUUAAUAUUUAUUUUUAUCAGAAACAUUCGUGCAACUCUUGAACAUGAAACUUUUUAUGUUUGUCAUAAUUUUUGUUUAAAAACUUGUUAAAUUUCAGUACAUAUUUAUUUUGAAGAACAGACAUUCCAGACAUAUAUUACAACUCUGACAUGAAAUAUUUUGCUUAAUUAUUGUAUGUUUAUUUAAAAAAAUAAAAUUCAGAUGUAUCUUAUUCUCUUAAAGAUAUCCAACAUAACAAUACUGUAACUAUACAUAUACAACAGCAAGUACUAUACAUAUUUGACAAAUGCGUAAGACUGAAAAUACGUUUAGACGAAGGCAAUAAAAAUGUAGUAAGAGUAUUUCUUA